CUCUGGCUAAUCUAACCGCAAAACAGAAGCCAUUCUAAUGAUAUUAAAUGGAGGGUCAAUCAACGAUAGAGUCGGAAGAAGAAAUAAAGUUAAGCGGUUCCGAGCAAUUAACACUCGUAAAUCGCGGCUACAAGAUCAUCAAAAAACUCAACGAAGGGUCAUAUGCUAAGGUUUACCUCGCAGAGUACAAGAAUCCUAAUAAACAUGAUGCCAUAUCUGUGUUGGCUUGCAAAGUCAUUGACACUAGCGUAGCGCCGAAAGAUUUCGUGAAGAAAUUUUUACCUAGGGAAAUCGAAAUGUUAAUAAAAUUGAAUCACCCCCAUCUAGUGCACACACAUAGUAUAUUUCAGAGAAGAGACAAGUAUUUUAUUUUUAUGCGUUAUAUGGAACACGGGGAUUUGUUAGAAUUCGUACUAAAGAAGGGUGCUAUUCUAGAGGACCAGGCGCGGAUAUGGACGCGGCAGCUGGCGCUGGCCAUCCAGUACAUGCACGAGCUCGGCGUGGCGCACAGAGACAUCAAGUGUGAGAAUGUUAUGUUGACCGCCAACCAAAACGCUAAACUUACUGAUUUCGGCUUCUCCCGGUUAUGCAUCGACAGAAAGCUAAGGGAUAUUCAAAGCGAGACCUUUUGCGGCUCACUUUCCUACACGGCUCCUGAAAUACUCCAGGGAACACCUUAUUACCCAAAACCUGCGGACGUGUGGUCGUUAGGAGUUGUGCUCUACGUAAUGUUGAACAGGGCUAUGCCAUUUGAAGAUAAAAAUAUGAAACAGUUAUAUCAGGCCCAGGUCAAUAACAAUUGGAAAUUUCGUGCGCGGUGUCUUAACGUCCUGUCAGAUAACUGCAAGAGGCUAGUUGCGCGAAUGUUAGAGCCGAAUUACCAACAAAGGGUGAAAAUUGAAAAUGUUAUAAAUAGUGAAUGGAUUGCGAUGGAUUCGAGGCUACUAGAAUGGACAGCGCAAGAAACUCUGGCUUAUAAGAAAGCUCAAGAAGAAAAGAGUGAGUUAUUAAAAAGGACUAUGGCCCACGCCAACAAGAGCCCUAAUCAGGUGGAUAAUACGAUCAUGAAAGUCAACUGCGAUCUUUAA